AUGGGAGGUAUAUUCACCCUCGACCUGGGCGAUGAACCCGGCACGCCGCCGUCGGUCCGCUCAUCUGUCGUGUCCAUGACAUCGGACCAAGAUCCCGUUGUGUCUGUCGCUGCCCCAGUCGACAUGCAGCGCGCCGAUGACUUUGCCAAGGGUCGUGUUGCUCGUCCCAUCACUAUUUCAAACAGUAUGGGAGUGAUGCGUAACAGGUCCGCUGCGGUAUCGGCCUCUGCUAUCCUCGGCACCGUCCCGUCUGCCACCCAGCCGGACCUCGACGUCGCUCGUCUCUUUGAACAGCGUGACGGCUCGGACAGCGACGAGACCAUUGACUGCGGACAUGGCUACCCUCGCGGUGACCGUGUUGCCCCGUCUCGUCAAGAAUUGGCCGAGGAAGCAGCCAAAUGGCAGUAUGAUAAGCCAGUUGUCUCUCCCGAGGACCACCUGCACGAGGUGGACGGCCCUGAUGUCACCGUCGGUAUCGAGUGGGAGUUUUUCAUUGACCCUCAGUCCAGCCCCUACGGGGACAUGGACAAGGUGCCCGACACUGGCUAUCCCGCUCCCGCUGUCACGAGACCGGGCACGAUCGAGAACCUCCCUCAAGUGUACCAUGUGGCCAAGGCUCUCAACGAUGCCAACAUCCGUGCGGCCACCCGCUGUGAGGUGCAGUAUGCCCUUGUCAAUCCCACGUAUGCGGCACUCCGCUUCCCGGACGUGGACCAUCUGAAGAUCAAGAACGACCGCUUCAGCGAGUACUUUAUCGUUGGCGUCGAUGCCAGUGUCCGGGACGACGGCCUCAAGAUGGAGAAGGAGAAGUGGAAGUCGGUCGAGAUCGCCUCGGCUGUAGUCACCGCAAAGCGCCUCGGAGAAGUCGAGAAGGCGUUUGAGAUUAUUCUUGAAACUUUCCACGUGAAAACUAACGAGAGUUACGGGCUUCAUGUCCACGUGGGAAAUGGCACUCAAGGAUUUUCAAACGUUUGGAUGCGCUCGACCGCCGCCCUUGUCUGGGCCGCCGCGCCUCUGUUUGACGGCUUCCAUCCUGUCUUCCGAGGCCCGUGCGAUGGGCACAUUCGCAGCAUUCGCUACUUUUCCGAGGCUGCCACUGACGGCCAGACGCUCCGCGUUGACGUCGGCGACGAGGAUCCUGGCGACCUGCCCAUCACGCACACCUUUGACGUGGCCAAAGGUGCGACCAUCGCGUACCACAUUCCCAACGUGCGUCCUGGCCGCCCGGAUGUGGCCUAUGAGUUUGGCCCCCAAGCUCGCGAUCCCUUGUCCCGCCCGCAAAAGAUGGGUGUUCGCGAGGCCGCUCCUAUCCAGGCGUAUUUGGAACGGGAUGGGCUUUGCCCCCGUUGCCCCGCGGACCCGCACAUGGGCUGGCAUGGUGUUGUGCGGUUCCUGCACUCACCGACGGCGCGCAACACGCUGUCCUUGCUGAGAAACUCUGCGACCAUGGGCGGUCGCAUGAAUUUCAAUUUUGAUAAUCUGCGGAGACAGUCGAACGAUGCGUGCACGCGGCCGCGCACCAUCGAGUUCCGCCAGCACGCCGGCACGACUGACAUUUUUGCCAUCACGCAUUGGGCACGCGUCUGUGCGGCCAUUGUCAGCGUCGCACGUCCCAUCAAGAAAGCCGUGGACGCCUCGGACAAGAGCAUCGCCGGCCCCAGCGUGGCGGAGGACGCCGACUACGGGCUCGCCAACAACGCCAAGGUGGCCGUGCUCGCCCACAAGGCCGUCAAGGGCACUCUGCAGCAGACCACCUAUGAUGUCUACAACUUCAUGGUGGACAUUGGCGCCAUCGUGUCGUUCCACUACUACCUCCGUGGCUUCCCCGUGUACAACACGCUGGGCUCUGGCUCGGGCCAGGCGUCUGGCCUGCUGAUUGCCAUUCGCGACAAGCACAGAAUCCCCGCCGAUCGUCUCCGCGGCAAGCUGGGCGUCCACCAGGUCAAGGGCGCCAUCAAGCGCCGUGCUCGCCGGGCUGGCCGCGCUGUCAAGGAGUUUGCCACAGCCGCCGCCACUGGUGUCAAGAACAAGUCCGCGCUGACUUUCAAGACCAUGAACAGUUGCUUCAAGUAG